UCUUGUGGGAUGUGCUUGUCCUCCACGCAGGCUACAGUACGGAGCACUCUCACUCCUCCAGCCUCACAGAUCUGUCCCAACACCGGCGGAACACCUCCACCAGCAGCAGCAACACAUCAGGAGGAACGUCUGCAACUAUCGAGAGCCCCGUAGAGCCGGAGAAAGAAGUGGUAAAAUCAGAGAGACCCCCACGUCCCCCACGACCUGCUCUGCCCCCAAACAGACCCUCAAGGAGAAAGAAGGACACUGUUGAGAACCAUCCCACAUGGGUGGACGACACACGCAUUGAUGCAGAUGAUAUUGUGGAGAAGAUUGUGCAGAGUCAGAACUUUGCGGAUGUCAGCAACAAUGAAGACAGCAAUUUAACUCUGUUCGUCAGUAGGGAUGGCACCACAGCAUUAAGUGGCAUACAGCUUGUCAACAGGGUGUCUGCGGGUGUUUUUGAACCGGUGGUGAUUGAGAGCCAUUAGAUCUCUGAGGCCACAGUAGAUAUUCUCUCACACAGUCACUGCCUUUUUUUAUUAUUUUGAAAUGAUGGAGAGAGCAAGACAGGGACUGUAUGUCAGAGUGGGCAACUGACUUCAUAACUUGCUCCUCUUAUGGAUCUGAUGUAUUACUCACCUAUUACAACCGUAACACCCUAAUCAUGCAUUACAUUUGCUGAAAAAACAGUGGUGGGUACGUUCAUUGUUCUAUGAUUAAGAAUGAAUUAAUCAUAAAUAUUCUACAGCGGAUUACAAACUACUUGAAAUGCCUUAAGAAAUGAGGCAAGAUGGGAGCUUCAGUCUAACACUGUGAAAUAUGGGGGCAGUCCAAAGGUUUUAGAAAGAAAUCUAGUUCAAUAUUAUAUUAAACUUUUUGUAGCAUUUCACAUGUUAUUU